UACCGUACGAAACUACGCGACGUCGAAACCGCUUUUACGUCCGCGCUAAUAAAACUCGUUGAAAAUGCAUACAUCAAAAUGGUAGAAUCGCUACAAAUGUUUUUAUUUCUAUUUAAAUCUAAAUACAGACGAAAAUGUUCAUGGUUCUCGCCAUUCCUGUGUUCAGUGCUCAUAGUGUUAUUGUUCUGUGAUGGUGUUCUGUCUAAGUGUAGCGAACAAAACUGUGUAAAUGGUGUGUGUAAAGGUGAUCUGUGCGUGUGUUACGAGGGUUGGCAGGGUCCGGAGUGCCAGUACUGCGGUGGCAAAGUCAAUUUAACAUCCCCAACGGGCUUCAUAACGGAUGGUCCAGGGAACUACAGCGUCAGCACCCAGUGCUCCUGGCUGCUGACGCCGCCGCGGCUGGGGCCGACGCCGCCGCCGCUGCGGGUGCGGCUCGAGAGCUUCGCAACCGAGUGCGGGUGGGACCAUCUGUACGUGUACGACGGAGACAGCGUGAGGGCUGAGAAACUGCUGGCUGUGUUCAGUGGUGUGCUAGAGAAUGGUGAAUCGAGUUGGACCAGACAGGUGAUAGCCAGGUCUGGCAGUGCGCUGCUGCACUUCUUCAGUGAUGACGCGUACGCUAUGGAGGGGUUCAACGUAACGUACUCGGCGUACUCAUGCCCCUCAAAUGAUCAUAGGACUAAUUGUUCAAAUCACGGGGAAUGCGAAGACGGCUCGUGUAGAUGCGAGCCGCAGUGGACAGGGGUCGCGUGUGACGAGCCUUUAUGCCCAGACGAGUGCAACGCGGCAGUGGGCGGCGGGUCGUGCACGGCCGGGGGCUGCGCGUGCGCGUGGUCGCGGCGCGGGCGCGCGUGCGGGCGCGAGGCGUGGCGCGCGGGCUGGGCGCCGCCCGCCGCCGCCCCGCACCAGCCGCCGCCCGUCGCCGCGCACCAGCUGCUGCCCUACCAGGGGGACCUGCUCAGGGUCGGCGGGGAGACCUUCGCGCAUUCUGACUUUCUCUAUAGAUAUAAGAUAGCGGAGGACAAAUGGGAGACAGUGAACACGUACGACAGUCCGGCGGCCAGGUUCGCGCACUCGGCCGUUAUGUACGAGCACGAGCUCAUCGUGUACGGCGGCGUCGUUAUAUCUGACGAGCCGGAGAGGGGCGGCGGUCUAGCAGGUUUAGAGGGUCGCGCGGGCGAGGUGACCAACGAGGUGUGGCGAGUGCGGCUGAACACGGAGCGGCCGCAGUGGCACAACGCCACGCCCGUGUCCUGCUCGCCGCACAGGCAGCCGCCGCUCAAACACUGCGGUGGUCUGCACGUGUCUGGUCACACGGCUGUUUUAGUCUACUUAGGUGCUACUAAGAAACCAGUGAUGCUCGUGUUUUUCGGGCAUUCACCACAUUAUGGAUAUCUACAUUUAGUGCAGGAGUACUACGUGGAGGAGGGCGUGUGGGCAGUGGCGCGCACGCGCGGCUGGGCGGCGCGCGCGGGCUUCGCGCACGCGGCCGCCUGGGACCCGCUCAGCCGCCGCGUGCUGCUGCACGGCGGCCUCGUGUCCGAGUCCGAAGCCACGCAGGCCCCGUCGGCUUCCCUGUUCGAGUACGAUCCUGAGUUAAGACUGUGGCGCCCUCUACAAUCGGCGCCAACACCUAGAUACUUACACACUGCCACUUUUAUUACUCCAGGUAUAAUGCUGGUGUUCGGCGGCAACGCGCACAACGACAGCGCGGCGGCCCUCGUGGCCAACCCGGCCGCCUCCAAGUGCUACUCGGCGGGGGCGCUGCUGUACGAUGUCAGAUGCGGCGUGUGGUACACGGCGGCAGGAGCGCGUGGGGCCGCCCGGGCUGCUCACGCGGCCGCGCCCAUCACUCUGCGGGAUAGGAAGGCUGUGUUCAUUCAUGCUGGUUUCGACGGGCGCCUCCGCGGCGACGCGCUGGUGUUCGAGGCGGGCGCGGCGUGCUCCCGCCACGGCGCGGAGGCCGCGUGCCUGCAGGCCGCGCGCGCCGCCGCCACCGCCUGCGUCUGGCGCGCCGCCGACGCCAAGUGCUUGCCGUUAGAAGAAGUGGGCUGGAAGGAGUCCUUCGACGGCACGGUGAAAGCGUGUCUCGCGGAACCUAGGUUUGGUAAGGACGAGCGUCGUUGUGCGAGCGCGGAGUCGUGCGGGGCGUGUACGGCGGCCCGCUGCGCCUGGUGCGGGGCCUGCUACCCGUCUGCUAUGUACUGCGUGAGGCAUACCCAUCAGAUGGCGCUGUCAAUAGACGAGUGUGGGUCGGACAGCGAGUCUCCGCGCGAGGCUUGCGGCCGAUACCACUCCUGCGCAGCUUGUUUAGCCCACCAACACCAUCAUACACAUGGAUCAGAAGAGCUAAGCCAGCGAGCUUGUUAUUGGGACUACGACACGAUAAAGUGUAAGCCAGUUAAUUCUUCGGAAGACAUUAGGAGCGUGGCGGCGGCGGGUCCGUGCAGCGCGCCUUGUUCUACGUUUCAAACGUGCGCUAACUGUACUGCUGAAGAGUGUAUCUGGUGUGCAUCUGCUGGUCGGUGUGUCGACAAGAACGCGUACGGCGCAUCGUUCCCGCUGGGUGGGUGCCGCGCGUGGUCCACGAUGGGCGGCGGCGGCAUGUGCGGCGCGGCGCGGGGCUGCGGCGCGCACGUGUCGUGUGCCGCCUGCCGCAGCGAGCCCGCCUGCGGCUGGUGCGACGACGGCGCCGGCGGGGGCCGCGGACAGUGCCUGCCGGGGGGCGCCAGGAGGCCGCACGCGCCCAGAGUCUGUGCGCAGCAUAGAUGGCACUUCACAGCGUGCCCGCUGUGCCAGUGCAACGGGCACUCGGUGUGCGACAGCGAGGCGCGCUGCAUGCAGCCGUGCGCGGCGCGGACCGUGGGCGAGCACUGCGACGUGUGCGCGCCCGGCCACUGGGGGAACCCGCUCAACGGGGGGCAGUGCCAACCCUGUGAAUGCAACGCUCAAGCCGUGGCCUGCGCGCCGGACACUGGCCGCUGUUACUGCAGUACCAAGGGGCUGGCGGGCGACCGAUGCGACAAGUGCGACAACACGAAUCAUUAUCACGCCGAUAUAUAUAACAAGGGGGCGUGCUAUUAUGAUUUAGCAGUAGACUACCAAUUCACAUUCAACCUAUCCAAGAAGGAGGACCGACACCUCUCGGCCAUCAACUUCCGGAACGCGCCGGUCAAACCGGAUGUGGACGCGGACUUCAGUAUAACAUGCUCCGCACAUGCGCGCAUGAACCUCACCGUGCGGACGCGGUCAGAUCCGGCUGAGAGGACGCUCUUCAGUGAUGUUAAUUGUACGAGUUUUAGGUUUAAGUUUCCAAAAUCCGAGCACGCGUUCGGCGUUGAAGACAACGUGACGUUGACCACGUUCUUCGUGUACGUGUACGACUUCCGGCCGCCAUUGUGGAUACAGAUCUCCUUCUCACAGUACCCUAAACUGAAUUUACAACAGUUUUUCAUAACAUUCUCGUCGUGUUUUCUAUUGCUGUUGCUGGUAGCUGCUGCUCUGUGGAAGAUUAAGCAGAAAUACGACAUGUACAGAAGACGACAGCGGUUGUUCGUCGAGAUGGAACAGAUGGCGUCUCGGCCGUUCAGCCAAGUCUGCGUCGAACUGGAGAGGGGAGGGGCGGGGUCGGGUGUCCCGGCGCCGGUGGCGCUGGAGCCGUGCGUGGGCGGGCGCGCGGCCGUGCUGUCGCUGCUGGUGCGGCUGCCCACGGGCGGCACGGGGCGCGCGCCGCCGCUGGGCGGGCUGGCCGUGGCCUCCGCGCUCGUCACGCUGGGCCACCACGCGCCGCACCCGCCCGCCGCCGCCAAGCGCCCGCGCCAUCACUGACCGGGGGACGCGAGUAUUCGGACACCGAUGUAUAUAGACAUUGUAUGUAUUGAACUUUGUACAUAGGACACUACGUAGUGCAUUGCUCAAAGUGUAACAUUUUAUAAAUAAUACUCAGUUAUUGUGUUUGUAUUGACUUAAUGCCUUGUUGGUCGAUGACGAUGGAUGUUGAUGCGUUUUUAUGCCGAUAUAUUAUCUGUGGAACUAGAGAAAUAUUUUAUUAUCUGUAGUUUUGUUCCUAUAGUUCAGGUUAACUUAAGUGAGCUGUCGUGGUAAUUGGUAUAACUUUGGUUGGUAUAUCUUGAAGGAGAAAUAUGCUUACUGUCGUAAAUAAACAAAAAAAUCAAAGUUGUGAUCAAAACUCUGUAUGGCGUAAUGUCAAGACAUUUGAGAUUUAAUACUUUUAUUUUGAAUGCCUAAAGAUUUGGUGUAUACUGUUAUGUUGUACAUGUAAAUUGAUAUUUAAAACUAGACGGAAAAAAGAACUCAUUAAGGAAGAAUCAUUAUAUGUCCUUUUUUGUUCGCAAUAAUUAUCGCUAAAAAACGUUUCAACUUCAAAGAUUAAUUUUGUAAAAAAUAAUAAUAAAAACAUUAGUUAUAAGAACCUCUCACUUCCAUAUAUAAAGUUGCCAAAAUACUCUAAUUUGUAUCACAUUUGAAAGGUCAGCACAUUAGGAAGCUAGUGCCGCGAUAACAUUGAAUAUAAUAACAAAUAUUGGUUUGGAUAUGUGCAAAAGUUACGACUAACCAAACUUAGAAAGAAAGAAAAAGUGUUUUAUUGCGAACUUAAACGCAUACAUAACACAACAUACUAAUAUAACAUAAAGAUAAUAUAUAACGAAAAAGAAAAAUAUAUAUGUAUAUAAAAAUCAAACAUGAGGGGGUAGUAUGCGUAACAAUCUCGCAAUACGGCCCUCGCUCAGCAUAAUGCUGCGACCUAAUGCGAGAAAAUAAUACUUUUAAUAUAUCUCGAAAUAACUCGAAAAAACAUCUAUCUUUAUAAAAUGUCACUGGACUACUCCUAAACGGCUGGACCGAUAUGGAUGAUCUAUGCAUGUAUUUUGGUGAAAUAGUAAAAUUCAGGAUCAGCCUGGCAGAACAAAGAUCCCACAUGAAAUCUAAAGCUGAUCAAAAUUUGUAUGGGAAGCCCGACGUUUUUUCCUUGUAAUAGAAUAGUACUUUCUGUUUGUUAAUGAUAUAACCAAAUUUAGUUUUAAAUUUGAUGACAAAUCCCAUGCAAAAUGCUGGAAAAGUGCCUCCCCCCCCCCCAGUUUUUUAAACGACUCUUAUAAAAAUACAAAAAACCUUUGAAAUUACUACAACAGCCUAAUUUUGAACAUCUAAAACUAAAUCCUCUUUUAACUUGUAAUAUUCUAAAAAUUCAAAACUGAAAUGACAAUUGAAUGUCAAAAAAUUUCGUACCUUUUGCACGUGCUCCAAAUCAUUGCUUUAAAAAGUUUGGACUGUUCCGUUAGAGGUCAUUGCAUUUGAAUUUAGAAUUAAGUAGUUAUUUGUUUUAAGAAUGUUGAAAACUGGUGUGGUUUACUGGUCUUUUUGGAAUGAAUGGAAAAUGGUGAGGAAAGAAAAUGAAUUUUAUUCAAAUGUUUGAAAAUUAUGACGAAUGCAAUUGUGUAUGAGUUGUGUCCAAAAGUAAUAAAGGCAGCUUUUUGAUUAAUUAUUUAUUCUAAUAAAUAUUGUUUUUUUUUGCCUAAAAAAAAUGUUGACUGAAAUGUUACAUUUGAUUAUUUCUUCAUUUAUGGUAAAAUUGGAAUGUGUUUGUAUGUUAUAUGGUGUCAUGCGGUUCUUAUGGUGCUUUGAGACAAUUUAUAUAGUCGUAAUUCGCUACAGACGCAUAUCGAUGACAUUCAGUAAUCUCGUCACGAUUUUAUUAAAAGCCUCCCGAACCGGAAAUUUUGCUUCUAAAUUGCAAACGAUUUCAGUUUCCUUACUUUUUUUGUAGUCUAAAGAAACUGUCAAAUCCUGCAAUCAAGCUGAGUGGAUAAACCAAUUAAAAAAGGUUUUUAUGAAAAUAACACCCAAACUUAAAUAGGCAAUUAUGUUACAUAAAUAUUUGUCUCGUACUAAGGCCGAGACUGCAACACACCCCGUACUUAGAACAUAGGCCUGAUUGGAAUAAUUAUACGUAUAUCAAUUGACUAUCCAUUGCUACUUGCUACUAAAUAGGGAUGCCUGGGUGUAAAAAGAAAAAAAUCGAAUUAGUCCCUCAGUUAGAUAAUUGAAACGUAUUAGACAAAUAUUUUUCCUUUAUCAGAAAAACUAAAAUUGACAGUGUUUUAAAGUUUAAGGGGAGGGGGCUAGUGACUUAACGAUAUGGUAAAAUUUAUACUCAAUCGUGACGUCACGCGUAAGUUUCAUUCACUGUAAUUUGGUCCAUCAGCCCGACAAAUUAAAAAUACGUAUCCAUUAUUUUACAAUAAACUACAAGACGGACACUGGAAAAAGAAUUGUCAUUCCUUUUUCUACCGUAAUAACAAAUAAGCCAACAUUUCUUGGAUUUGGAAACUUUGCUAGUUAUAUUUCGAUGACGGCCGUAUGUAAUAAAUGAUACCUAAAAAAACACACAAACGUCAGCAAACCACACCAGCACGACCGAGUGAAGUCCUAUAGUGAUGUCUCGAUAAAAUAGUUGACUGAUCGGUUUAAUCGAUAAUCGAUUUGUAUAAUUAAAUUAAUAACUGAUAUUUAUUUUGUCGAUGAAAUUAGUGAUUUAUUAGCUAGCAAUUGAUAUGCUUGCAAGAUGGUAAUAAAAGACAAUUUGUUUUCACAUUAAUUAUAAAUUCGUGUAAGUUUAUGAUUUAAAGGUUUUUGUAUUGAGUUGAAUGUAAGCGGACAACGAUGUAAUAUAUGCGUAUCAUCACAAUAAUAAGUUUGUUUGAAGGUUUAACUUAUAUAUUUAUUUAGAAAGUCAUUCCUUCUUUUAAAUGCUAGGCGAACACUAGAUUAAAAUCUGAAACCUUGUAUCUAUGUCAUCUUAUUUAAUGUUUGUUUUAUUGUAUGUUCUUUCUUACUUUAACAUUGUUUAAACAACUAUUAGUAAUUUCUUUGGUGUAGUUAAAAAUAUUUCUUUCUUAUUUCUCUAAGUUUCUUUGCUUCUAAACUAUGACUUUAUAUUUGACCCUAUGUCCAUUACCCUAUGACCCUCUGUCUGAAAAUUAAAAUUAUUUGGGUUUACAUACUUCACGUUAUUUAUUUUCAACUGUUUUCUUCAAAUAGUCAAAGAGCUUUCUUCAUUACCUAGAGCUACUCUUCUCCUAUUACAAAAGCCAGCGAUAAAAUUGUAAUUUAUCCUUUUUUAUAAGUUAAACCUUCGAAUUAGAAAAUAAUAAUAAUAAAUAUUAUCUUUAUGUACGUAAAGUCACUAUUACAUAUAAUAAUUAGCUGUACAUAGUGCCGCUUCGAUAAGACUCCGAUAAUCAUAUUUUUCUUAUGACUGAAAUGUAAAUGAUGUAAAAUAGAGUUUUUUUUUGUUUUGUGUGAACGCAUUUAGUUGGUGAUUGAUGUGGGGGGUCUAAGAUUGGACUAUAGUAUUUAAUAAGGUAUUAUAUUUAUUUUUCAAUUUGUAUGAAAUAGUUUUUUUUUAUGCCUAGUUAGUUUUCACAACACGCUCGUAAAAAAGGAAAUUCUUGUAAAUCAUCUUAUCUUAAAAGAAUUAACAACAGCAAUACUUAUAAUACGAAACAGUCUGAUUUGAUUGCAUUGUAAACCAUACUACAUGCACGAUACCAACUUAAUAUGAAAUGUAUGCGUAACAUACAAAGGUGUUUCAGAAAUGUCCAGUCAUAAGUUAUAACGCUUCUGUGCAUAAGAAUGAAUGUUUCUUUAAAGUAUUAAAAUGAGGUUACCACACAAACUUGUCAUUACCUGAUCAAAAUUGGUAUCAGACUAUUUUUUCGGCAAAGUCUUUUGCUUACAGAUAUUCUUUCAUUUCGAUGAACAGAAACGAUAUUUGCAUGUCUGAACGUUUCCGAAACACCCUGUAUACCACUUAGACCCACCCACACAAACAUGUUUGUAUAAAUAGCUAUAAACGUAAAGUAUUUAAUCUAAUUAAUUAAUUACCAGCUAACUUUGUACGCGUUCUUAAUAAAAAAAAAUCGUUUUAGAAAUUAUCAAUAUUUUAUGCCUUAUUUAGUAUUUAAUAACAUUGCGUAUUUGUAAAAAGCAUCGUCACGUCAAUAAUAAGAAUAAUUA